AUGACGCCUAAUACAUACACUCAAAUAGCACAUGCUAUCCCAUGGACGUCCUGUGGACGUCUUUUGGACAUCGGGACGUCCUCAGGACAUCCUCAGGACAUCUCUAGGAGAUGCCGUGCUGCCUGGAUAAUGUCGCUGAUGGCGGCCAGCAGUGUAGCAGUUAUCGUCGAAGACAAUUUGCGACAAGGGAACGGUGCUUUCGUAAAGGAGAAGAAACACGAUAAGAGGGGACUGGACAGCUUGGGAUAUGGCUUUCAGCAAGAACAUAACGAACACGUAUACGGACCACCAGUGCCUUCCCCUCCGGUUUACGAGGUGCCAACGGCGGACGUCGGUCAUCCGGUAUCAGGACACAUCCCGGAGCCGUCACCGCCGGUCGGCGUUGGACACCCAGUUGCAAUACCGGUACCCAUCCCGCAGCCGAUACCACACCCGGUACAGCAGCCCGUGGCGGUGCCCAUACCAGUGCCGGUCACCAAGCACGUACCGAUCGCCGUACCAGUGCCAGUUCACAUUGACCGCGCCGUACCAGUAGCGGUACCGGUUCCCAAGCCGUAUCCAGUCACUGUGGAGAAGAUCAUCCCCGUGGACCGGCCAGUGCCGGUGCCGGUGCCGAUCGAGAAGCCGGUGCACAUUCCGGUUGACCGUCCGGUGCAUGUGCCGGUCCCGGUGCCGAAGCCGUAUCCUGUCACCUUCGAGAAAGUCGUGCACGUGGACCGGCCGUAUCCGGUGCACGUGGCCGUGCCGGUGCACGUACCGAAGCCGUAUCCGGUACCUAUCGCCAUUCACGCGCACUACAAGUCGCAUAGCUGGUAA